AUGGGAGAAGAAAAAGGGUCGAGCCUCGUUCAUCUUCUUGUCAUAGUUCUCAGCUUAACUGCGUUUGGAUUUGCAAUUGCUGCCGAACGACGUCGUAGCGUGGGCACUUUACAUACAGACGAGAUCACUAAUCGGACAUAUUGUGUUUACAACUCCGAUGUUGCUACUGGCUAUGGAGUUGGGGCUUUCUUGUUCUUACUCUCGAGCGAGUCUCUUCUAAUUGGUGUCACUAAAUGCAUGUGUUUCGGGAGACCCUUAGCUCCUGGAGGGAAUCGUGCUUGGGCCAUCAUAUAUUUCUUAUCUUCGUGGUAA